AUGAGUACAUCGAAGCCGCGUGGAAAGAAUUGGACGCAUCUAGAGGAUGAGGCACUGUGUCAAGCUUGGCUUCAUGUAUCCCAGGAUCCAAUAGUUGGGACAAAUCAGAAAAGUGAAAACCUGUACGGGACAAUAUUUGACAAAUUCAUUGAAAUUUGCUCAGAAAAUUGCGUCUCAGCUCAGCCGGAUCUACGAGCUCCAAGCGGCAUAAAAGGAAGGUGGCAUUUCAUCAACAAAUCCGUUAGCAAGUUUGCCGGAUGUAUGACGCAAAUAAACGCUAGCCAACAAAGUGGUGCCUCUCCGGAAGAUAAUUUGAAAAAGGCUUUGACACCGUAUGUCACUAAAGAGAAGUCGCCAUUCAUGAUGAUGCACUGCUACAGGAUCUUAGAAAGCGCUCCAAAGUGGCAGCAAUAUAAUGUCCUGAAGGUUCCUGCAGUGAAGCGAUCAGCUGAAUCGCUCUCAAACGACGGCUCUGAAGAAACUGAUGGUGUCGAGCAGUCUUCCACUAAUGAAAUGGACCGGCCUAGGGGCAGAGAUGCCAAUAAGAAACAAAAAAAUCUUGGCUCGGAAACGUUUGAGCUUGCCAAUGCUGGUAAACUUUUAGCUGUGGCUGCCAAAGCGAAAGUAAAGGACAGUAUCGAACGGACAAAGGUUCUGAAAAGAAUUGCCAAUCAUUCGAUUAUGUCAAUCGAUUUCAGCAAAUUGUCCAAUGUUGCGAAGAAAUAUUACGCGUUGGAACAGCAUCGCAUCCUUGAGGAGACUUACCAAGAAGUGGCGUAUGCUUCUCAAGAAUCCAGUGUGGAAUCAACGGAUGUGAUGCCUGUUUCUGUCGAUGUCGUCGAAGAAUACAUUGACUCACUCGAUGAAUACAAUGACAAUAAUCAUUACGACAAUUAUAAUGAGAGUACUGAAGUUCAAGAGCUGGAAGCUCUUUCAGAUCUUCUAGAUGAGUAA